GGAGAAGGGGAAGAGUUCCUGGGAAAUGAUGGCUGAUGAAGAGGAGGAAGUCAAGCCUAUCUUCCAGAAAUUGCAGGAACUGGUGGAUCAGCUCUAUGUGUUUCGAGACAGCUAUUUUGAGACACACAGUGUGGAGGAUGCCGGACGGAAGCCACAGGAUGUGCGGGAGGAGAUGGAGAAGACCCUGCGGCAGAUGGAGGAAGUAGUGGGUCCUGCUCAGGGGAAGGCGCAGGCUCUCAUGCUGACUGGGAAGGCGCUGAAUGUGACGCCCGACUACAGUGCCAGGGCCGAGGAGCUCCUGUCCAAGGCUGUGAAGCUGGAGCCUGAGCUGGUGGAAGCCUGGAACCAGCUGGGCGAGGUGUACUGGAAGAAAGGGGAUGUUGCAGCUGCCCACACCUGCUUCUCAGGAGCCCUCACCCACUGCAAGAACAAGGUCUCCCUGCAGAACCUGUCGAUGGUGCUUCGGCAGCUGCGGCCGGACAGUGCGGAUGAACACUCCCGCCACGUCAUGGACAGUGUCCGGCAGGCCAAGUUGGCGGUGCAGAUGGAUGUCCUUGAUGGCCGCUCCUGGUAUAUUCUGGGAAAUGCGUACCUUUCUCUUUACUUCAAUACUGGCCAGAACCCCAAGAUCUCCCAGCAAGCCCUCAGUGCCUACGCCCGAGCAGAGAAGGUUGACAGAAAAGCAUCCAGCAACCCUGACCUUCAUCUAAACAGGGCGACGUUACAUAAAUAUGAGGAGAGUUAUGGGGAAGCCUUGGAGGGCUUCUCUCAGGCUGCAGCUCUGGACCCUGCCUGGCCGGAACCGAGGCAACGAGAACAGGAGCUCCUAGAAUUCCUGGAUCGAUUAACCAGCCUGCUUGAGAGCAAGGGCAAAGUGAAGAACAAAAAGCUCCAGAGCAUGCUGGGAAGCUUGCGCCCAGCCCAUCUGGGCCCUUGUGGUGAUGGGCGCUAUCAGUCAGCCUCUGGGCAGAAGGUGGCCCUGGAGCAGAAGCCGCUGAGCGCGCUGCGGCCCGGCGUGAACAGUGGCACCGUGGUCCUGGGGAAGGUGGUGUUCAGCCUUACCACAGAGGAGAAAGUCCCCUUUACCUUUGGCCUGGUUGAUUCAGAUGGACCGUGCUAUGCAGUGAUGGUUUACAACAUCGUCCAGAGCUGGGGAGUGCUCAUCGGGGACUCGGUGGCCAUCCCGGAGCCCAACCUUCGUCUGCAUCAGAUUCGGCACAAAGGAAAGGACUAUGCCUUUUCCAGUGUUCGCGUGGAGACGCCCCUCCUGCUGGUGGUGAACGGAAAGCCUCAGGGCUCCAGCAGCCAGGCUGCUGCCACGGUGGCAUCGAGGCCUCAGUGUGAAUGACCUUGCCUCGCUGGCGCUGCGGAGUGGACUGUGGAGAUGACCCCAGGCGCUCGGCAGCUGGAGCAGCCACGUCAGAGACUCCACCAGGACGGGCAGGGUGGGGACGUUCCCUUCCUCUGUCCUGUAAGGCGCUUGGGGUCUUUCUUGUCUGUCAUUAUGUGGAACCCUCUCCAGGGCUGUGCCCUCCCUUGAUGUGUCUCUCCUGCCUCUUGCGCUGCUCUCUCUGUUUUAGGCAAAGAGCAUGGAAUUGGCGGAAGUUUUGGGAACCUGCUGUGGACAGUCUCCCAGGUUCCUGUUUGUGCCUCCUUCCUAAGCUUCUGUGUAUAUAUCAGUUCAGUAUUUAUUGCUGAGGGAGGGGGCUUAAGUUCUUAGUGGCUUGGUUUUUGAGCAAUUUCUAUGUUUAAAAUUUAGAUCCAUCCCCUUCUUUGGGGCUGGAAUGGAAUUAAAUUCAUUUGGAAAUAAAGGAACCCUGUAUUUUGGGCUGCUUCAUUUUUUUUUUCCCAGGCUUGGAUUUUUGGUUUAAGGAUCACUUUAAUCCAGCAGGGUAAUACCUUUUAUUACCCCCACUGCCUUUUGGUUUAUUUCUCUCCAAGUUUAAAAAAUUCUGGCAGUAUUCAGCCCAGGGCAGAGUGGCAGCUUCACAAAAGUUGCUGAACCUUCUCUUUUAUUUCUUUCCAGUUUUCCAUUCUGUCAUCUGCAGUGGUCAUCCUUAGCCACGGUCCAAGCUGACAGACAAUAUUAUUCCAACAGUGUUAGUGGGCUGCUGCCAGAGAAGGCAAGAUCCUCAGUUUCAUUAGAUGCUAGUGAUACAUUGUGUAACGGCUUCUCUUACUCUUGUGAAGAAAUGGGGACAUGUGAGUUGAGGUUUACUAACCAACUGAAUAAUUAUUGUACAUUGCCGGAUACAGAUGACUCUGGCUCAGGUCUGCGUCUGCCGUCCAGCUCCGUUCCGUGUUUGAUCGACGACUUGCAUGUUACUGUUGUAAAGCAGGACUCGUUAGAGAAUGGAUGGCAGAAUAACUGUCCGACUAGCUGUCUGAAGCAGUGUAAGGGCUGCGUCUAACGAGAUAAAAUCACCAAGUCCAUACUUUUGUUCUCCAAAGGAUAGCUUUCUGAGUUGUAUGCUCAAUAUCAUACAUUAAAAUUUAUUAGGAACUUUAAUAGAUGAAGUCAAUAGGAGCAAACAGUGUGAUAAUAGUUGCCAAAAAAAAAAAAAAAGUUUCUUCUUGGACAGCACCAAGGAACCUCUCUGUGAUAGCCAGAGAGAAUUUUGCAUGCCGGUGUCUGUCAGACUGUAUGUGUAGUCUUGAAUUCAGUUUCUGGUGUUGAUUUUGAGGCCUACAGUCAUAGAAAAGUGAUUAGGAGUUAGUGGGGGGCAGAGCAGGAUCCUGAGAAUAGCCUAAGCACUGAUUUUGGGGGGUUAUGAGUGAGCGUUAGAGGCAGUAGGGAGACGAGACCCAGUAACUGGCCAGAGACUGAGAAGUGAUCAGUAGGUGGUAACUAGAGAGAAGCAGUGUGUGAAAACAAAUCAAAUAUGUUAAGAUGUUUAUCUGCGGUUUAAAGCGUAGUUUGGAUGCUCAUAGAAUACCCACCUGCCUUAAAAUCUGAGCGUCUGAUACCUUAGAAGCCCUGUGUGCCUCUCCAUGACCUCGUCUCAAUUUGCUUCCACAGCUGUGUAAUACCUCAUUGUAUGGAUAUGUCAGAAUGUAUUAAUCCUGCUGUUAAAAGGAUAUUGGACUUUCCAGUUUUCCUGACUUUAUUUUGCUGUCAAAGCACUAGUUCUUGUGCACGCGCUUGCAGGUAAGCACAAGAGUGGCUUUUACAGCAGUGGUGCUCAUAGAGAGAUCCCCAGACCCACAGCAUCGCCUGGCCUGGAAGCUUCUUAGAAAUGCAAGUUCUCAGGUUCCUGCCCAGACUUCAGUGAUUCCAAAACUCUGGGGAAGAGCCCAGUACCCAUGCUUAGCAAACCUUCCGGCAAACCUUCGGAUGGACACUAGUGAGCGAAGAAAGCUGUCUCAGACUAGUGACAGAAGAAUCAAACUGCUGGGUCGGAGAGUGCGUACAUGUUUGACAUUUUUUGAAAAAUACCAAACAUUUCUAAAGUGCUGAUGCCACUCUUUGCCUCUACUGUAAACGGAUGAGCCUUCCUCAAGGUCCCUGUCUUCUUCCAUGCUGCUUGCUGUUUUUGGACUUUUUUGGAUAUUGCAAAUAUAGGAGUGAAUGAACACUGAUAUUUUCCUGUGGCAAAAUGCAUGUUCAUGUUUUCUGACUACUGUUAUGUUGGAUUCCAAAUUGAUUUGAACUGUUUAAAUGUCCCUUGUGCGAAUGUUUUGUCAGGAUAUAUGCUGCAGACAUCUGAUCGUUUUUUAGCUUGACUUUUUACUCUAGUAGAUUUUUUUUUUUUUUUUACAUUUUAUUUAUUUGUUAGAAAGGUAGAAUGACAGAGAUGGGGGAGAGAGAGACAGAGAAGAGAUCUUCUGUCUGCUGUUUUAGUUCCCAGAUUCCUGCCUCAAAUAGGGCUGGGCUGAGCUGAAGCCAGGAGCCUGAAAUCCUGUGCAGGUCUCCCACGUGGGUGACAGUCUCGGUGCCCGCGCCAUCAUUUGCUGCCUCCCGGGGGCAUUGGAGUGCAACUUGAUUCUAGCAACUCCGAUGUAACCCUCUGUACCGUGGCACCUGCCUCAUUAGGGUCUUUCUCUGAACAGAAGUUCUUAAUUCCAAUGUGACUGAAUGUAUUUGUGUUUUGAGAAGUCUUUCCCUGUCCAUGAGCACAUUGCCCCUCUA